AUGGGCGGCGGAGGAGGGGGCGGCGGAGGAAUGGGCGGCGAAGUGGGCGGCGGAGGGGUGGACGGCGAAGUGGGCGGCGGAGGGGUGGACGGCGGAGUGGGCGGCGGAGGGGUGGACGGCGAAGUGGGCGGCGGAGGGGUGGACGGCGAAGUGGGCGGCGGAGGGGUGGACGGCGAAGUGGGCGGCGGAGGGGUGGACGGCGAAGUGGGCGGCGGAGGGGUGGACGGCGAAGUGGGCGGAGGAGGGGUGGACGGCGAAGUGGGCGGAGGAGGGGUGGACGGCGAAGUGGGCGGAGGAGGGGUGGACGGCGAAGUGGGCGGCGGACGGGUGGACGGGGAAGGGGCGGCGGACGGGUGGACUGGGAAGGGGCGGCGGACGGGUGGACGGGAAAGGGGCGGCGGACGGGUGGACGGGGAAGGGGCGGCGGACGGGUGGACGGGGAAGGGGCGGCGGACGGGUGGACGGGGAAGGGGCGGCGGACGGGUGGACGGGGAAGGGGCGGCGGACAGGUGGACGGGGAAGGGGCGGCGGAGGGGUGGACGGGGAAGGGGCGGCGGAGGGGUGGACGGGGAAGGGGCGGCGGAGGGGUGGACGGGGAAGGAGCGGCGGAGGGGUGGACGGGGAAGGGGCGGCGGAGGGGUGGACGGGGAAGGGGCGGCGGAGGGGUGGACGGGGAAGGGGCGGCGGAGGGGUGGACGGGGAAGGGGCGGCGGAGGGGUGGACGGGGAAGGGGCGGCGGAGGGGUGGACGGUGAGGGGGUGGAGGAGGGGCGGAAGGGGAGGGGGCGGAGGAGGGGCGGAAGGGGAGGGGACGGAGGAGGGGCGGAAGGGGUGGGGGCGGAGGAGGGGCAGAAGUGGUGGGGGCGGAGGAGGGGCGGAAGGGGUGGGGGCGGAGGAGGGGCAGAAGUGGUGGGGGCGGAGGAGGGGCGGAAGGGGAGGGAGCGUAGGAGGGGCGGAAGGGGAGGGGGCGUAG